GUAUCCACGCUUGUUCUUUUUUCUUUUUGGCUCUGCUUGUUUCUCUGCCUGCUCUGAUAAAUUCUUAAACAAAUUAAACUUCCCAAACGACGCCGGAGAAGUAAGAAGAGGUUUACAGUUAAAGAUGAUUAACUUUGAAGAAACUGAGCUGCGCUUAGGGCUACCGGGAGGUGGCGGUAGUGGUGGAGAAAGUGAGAUAGCCAAGAGCAGUGGAAAGAGAGGCUUUUCGGAGACGGAGGUUGACUUGAAGCUUAAUUUGUCGACGAAAGAGUCGUCGUCGUCGUCGUCGUCGGUCGUGAUUGAUGUUCAUGCUGUGGAGAAGAUGAAGGAGAAGACUAAUGCUUCAAAGCCACCGGCCAAGACACAAGUGGUGGGUUGGCCACCGGUGAGAUCAUUCAGAAAGAACAUCAUGGCCGUCCAAAAGAACAACGGUGAUGAAAGUGAUAAGGCCGGCUGUAGUGGUGUUGUUGGUGCAGCUGCAGCAUUUGUUAAAGUGAGCAUGGAUGGUGCCCCUUAUUUACGUAAGGUUGACCUCAAACUAUACAAGAGUUACCAGGAACUUUCUGAUGCCCUUGGCCAAAUGUUCAGCUCCUUCACCAUAGGUAAUUGUGGAUCACAAGGAAUGAAGGAUUUCAUGAAUGAGAGCAAACUGAUAGAUCUUUUGAAUGGUUCCGAGUAUGUACCUACUUACGAAGACAAAGAUGGAGACUGGAUGCUUAUGGGUGAUGUGCCAUGGGAGAUGUUUGUUGAUUCAUGCAAACGCUUAAGGAUAAUGAAAGGAUCGGAGGCCAUUGGACUUGCUCCAAGAGCAGUUGAGAAGUGCAAGAGCAGAAGCUGAAAACAAGUAUUUUAUCUCUUUUUACCAAGAAGUUGAUAAUUCAAACCCAGGGCGAACCUGCUUGAGAGGGUUCAACUUCAAGCGGGGAGUUUUAAUGUGUUGUUGAUGAUGAAGGUGAAGAUGAAGAUGUUAAUUUUUCUGAGAGAUUUGUCAAGGAACAAGAAGCAAUAAUAUUAGAACAUGUUGAUAAGUCUUUUCCCACUGUAACUUUGUUUAUUGUGUAUGGCUUGUCUAAUAAUACUUUUAUUAUUGUAUGUUCUCCUCCAUUUUGUAUUAAUAAUGACAAGAAUCUCUGCAGCAUCUGUGAACUUUAUGUUAAAUUGUAAUAAAAAAUGUUUGUGUUGAUAAA